AUGGGGUACCCCGACGCCCAAUACCUCAAGCCCCGGUACCUCAAGGCCCAGUACCCCAAGCCCCGGUACCUCAAGCCCCAGUACCCCAAGCCCCAGUACCCCAAGCCCCGGUACCUCAAGCCCCGGUACCUCAAGCCCAGUGCUCUCCGGAGUUGCGCCGGCGUGAGCAAGGCCGAUCGCUCGCUCAUCCUGAAGCUGCACAACAGCUACCGGAGCCAAGUCGCGCAGGGCCGCCUGCCGGGAUUCCCGACUGCAACCGAUAUGUUCCGAAUGCGCUGGGACGACGAGAUGGCCGAUGUGGCGCAGGCACACUCUAACCAAUGUACGGAGCCCGGCUACGCAGUCGACCACGACGACCAGCUCGACCGCUCUACGUCGCGCUUCGACUUGACCGGCCAGAACUUGGCUUGGGCGGGGCGACACUGGUCUCCUCCGACGCCCAACUGGACGUUCAUCAUCGACUCGUGGUUCAACGAGUACCAGUACUACUCGCCGCAGGACGUUCGCGAGUUCAACCCUUACACGGCCCGGCAGACGAAGCACUUCACCCAGAUCAUCUGGGCCAAGUCUCGCUACGUCGGCUGCGGCUACGUCAACUACAGCUUCACCGACCCCAGCGCCACUCCCCCCUACAUGGAGAUGUACGCUUGCAACUACGCCCCGACCGGAAACGUGGUGAACGUGAGGGCGAAGCUGCCCAUCUACGAUGAAGGUCCCACCUGCAGCGCUUGCCCGGAUAAUGCUCGCUGCGACCAGACCACGGGUCUUUGCGGCGGCAAGGGGCGCCGUCCUCAGUCGCCACUUCCGCCGCCUCCAGCUGGCAAAGUUCCCGACCCGCAGCCAAGUCCUAAUCCAGUGACGGCUCAGCCUGGCAGCGGAGGUGGAGGCUCAGGUGGGCAGAGUGGGAAAAGCCCGGGAACCGACACGAGUUCCGAUAGUCCUGCGGAGGAAGACGAGCCGCCCAGCUGGCUACCCUUCAUUGCAGGCUUAGUCGCGGUGACGGUGGCGCUCACGUGUUGCCUCUACUUUGCUUUCGCGCGGAGAACGAAAGACCAACCGCAAGAGCAGCAGGCGGCGCCCGCGGGAAUGGGGUCCCAGUAUUCGACUGCCUCGACGACGGCGUUGUAG